ACAAUUCCCUCACGCACCACAGACCACAAUCAUAAUGUCUGAGCUCUCCGUCCAAAGCAAGUUCGACCCCAAGGACAUGGAGUUCCGCCACUUGGGCCCCUCCGGUCUCAAAGUCUCCGUCUUCUCCCUCGGAGGCUGGCUCACGUACGGAGGUACCCAGAAGGGCAACGAUGUCAAGGAGUGCAUGCAAGCUGCUUGGGACCACGGAAUCAACUUCUUCGACACCGCCGAGGUGUACGCCAAUGGAGAGUGUGAGAUCCACAUGGGUCAAGCCCUGAAAGAGUUGAACUGGCCGAGGGAUGAAUACGUUCUGAGCACCAAGGUGUUCUUUGGCACUGGACGCAAGGAGCCAAACACUCGUGGUCUCAGCCGCAAGCACGUGGUUGAGGGCCUCAAGGACUGCCUGAGGAGACUUCAGCAGCCAUAUGUCGACAUCGUGUUGGCUCAUCGUCCGGAUGUUGGCACUCCCAUGAAGGAGAUUGUCGAGGGCUUCACACAGGUCAUCCGCAACCUCAACCUUGCAUACUACUGGGGCACAUCGGAGUGGAGCGCCGUGCAGAUCCAAGAGGCAACCCAGAUCGCUGAGCGCUACAACCUCAUCGCACCCAUUGCCGAGCAGCCUCAAUAUAACGCUUUCCACCGCGAGCGUUUCGAGGUCGAGUUCGCUCCUUUGUACGAACAAUUCCAGUACGGAACCACCAUCUGGUCGCCGCUUGCUUCCGGCCUCCUGACCGGAAAGUACAAUGACGGAAUUCCUGAGGACUCCCGCUUCGCUACCAACAAGGCCUUCUUCGAAGAUACCGUCAAGUCGCUGCAGUCUCCCGAGGGCCAAGCCAAGAUCGCCAAGGUCCGCAAGCUGACCGAAGUGGCGGAGAAGCUGGACGCCAACGUAGCCCAGCUGUCGCUCGCGUGGGCGGCAAAAAACCCGAACGUCAGCACAGUGAUCUUGGGUGCCACGAAGGUCUCUCAGAUUGAGGAUAACUGCAAGGCACUCAAGCUGCUGCCCAAGUUGACGCCAGAGAUCAUGGAGGAGAUUGAGAAGAUUCUGGACAACAAGCCGAAGGAGCCGAACAGCUUUGGACGGAAGAGGAUUACUCCUUACAAGCCGAAGAAGACGAAGAGUAGACUGUAGACCAAAAGUACAUGUCUUUCACUACUC